AUGGCCUCUUGGCCUCCCCAAAGCGAGAGAGCUGUGUUUCGAAACUUCACAAAACACUGGAACCUGGAGCUAAUUAAACUCACUAAAGUGUACGGACCCGUAUUCACUUUGUGGAUUGGACCCUUGCCAUUUGUAUUCAUAUGUGACCUGGACAAUUGCCGCGAGGCAUUCAACAAAAGCGAGUUUACUGGACGUCCGAGUACGGUCUGGCAGCCAGGCUUUCAGUUUAUGAAUUAA